UUCGUCUUCUCCCUUCCUUAGACUGCAAAAAACAGAUCUUCGUAUCAGUCUCUGAUCUCUGAAACUUGAUCAACAAGGCCAGACUCGCACCAUUUCUUAGUGCGGAUAAUAAUUUUUUGAAAUUAUUAACAUAAAUUCCACUUUUGAAUUUGAAUUUGAAUUUUUAGUUUUUAAAUUUAGCUGUUCAUCAUAUCAUGGCAUCCACGAGCAAGGCUAAUUCUAAAGAAGACGAUGAAGCUGAAGAAGAGGAGUUUGAACGGUUUGACGAUUUCACUCUUGCUUCUUCAUGGGAGAGGUUCAUAUCUGAAAUAGAAGCAAUUUGUCGGCAGUGGUUGGCUGAUGGACCAAAGAAUUUGUUGGAAAAGGGGGCUGUUCAGUUGCCUUCUUCAAAGAGCAUAUAUAAGAUUAAAUCUGAGUUGAAGUACUUUAUGAAAAGCUACUGCAUGGAGUACUAUUUCGAGAUUAACAAUAAUGGCAAAGUCCCAGAUUGGGAUUGGACUUUGCAUGAUUUGCAGUUGAGCUUUGGAGUAAAGGAGUUUUUGGUAAUUGCUCCUCAAAGUGCCAGUGGUGUGGUGCUUGAUGCACCAGAGGCUAGCAAGCUUUUAAGUGCAGUUGCAAUAGCUUUGUCAAAUUGUUCCAGUUUGUGGCCAGCGUUUGUUCCAGUGCAUGAUCCUUCUCGAAAUGCAUAUAUUGGGAUCCAGAAUAUGGGAACAGUAUUUACCAGGAGGUUUGAGGCAGAUCGUGUAUAUAGCCAGGUUCCAGUGAAACUCAUGCAUUUGGAAGGCUUGUAUGAGUUGUUUGUUUCCAAGUUUGCCUACUCCACAUUGGACCUCUCAAUGCAUCUUUUUGAAGUUCGGUUUACGAUGAAGCUAACUUACCAAACACUUCCCUAUGAUGAUGAUGAUAUAAGAGCAGCUGAUGCUGGAAAUGCAGAAUCUGAUGAUUAUCCUGGUGAGAUAAGCAACCAAAAACAGUGGGAUGAUGAUUGUCCUUGGAGUGAAUGGUAUUCUGCAGAAGACCCAAUAAAAGGAUUUGGUUUGAUUGCAUUAUGGUCAGAGAAGAUGAUUGAAAGCUCAAUGGAAAUGGCUGAAUUGGAAAAUGCUUCACCUCAUGAGGCGGAGAAGUGGAUUUUAUUCCCAACCAUAUACGAAAAUGCGAAAGGAAGUAGAGUUGGUUUUGCUUCACAAUUGCACCUUUUGGUUGAUGCACUGAAUAUGCCUUUUGAGGCUCAAUUUAUGGAGGAUUUUGUCUCAGCUGAAAAUCCUGGUUCAGAUCGUCUGAAGUCCUCAAUGGUUAUACCUUCACCAACAGUCGUUGAUCGUGUGCUUAAAGAACUCUUUCAUGAGGGAUCAAAGUUACCAGAUUAUGCUAAAGGGGAGCAUAAGAGCUCUCGAUUUAUUAAAGGCGCACCUUUUGAAUCUCUUUUUGCACAGUUUUGUUUACACUCCUUGUGGUUUGGCAACUGCAACAUACGAGCUAUUGCCGUGCUCUGGAUAGAAUUUGUUCGAGAAAUUCGUUGGUGUUGGGAAGAGUCACAACCAUUGCCCAAAAUGCCAGCCAAUGGUUUAAUUGACUUAUCCACUUGUUUGAUUAACCAGAAACUACAGAUGCUUUCCAUAUGUAUUGACAAGAAGCGUGAACUGAAUGAAGACUUUGAAGACUGUUUUGGAAGUGAAGAUCAUUCUGUCAGCGAUAUUGAGAAUAUGCAGGAAGAUGGUCAAGUUGUGGAGGGUUCAACCAAUUUGCUACGACUUGGUGAAAAUAUAGACCAGAAACAUGACAGUCGGUUGACAGAAGAGGGUUUGAAUGGAUCUGGUACAACUACAGUAAGGUCUGAUACAAAGCCUGAAAAUGUUAUGUCUGCUGAAAAAAGGCCUUCAGAUAGUAUUAGGAGGGGCUCAGCUGGUGUUGUGGGGUCAAUGAUGCUUCUGAAGUCAUACCAAAACAUGCAUGCCCCUUUCACACAGGAGGCACCACUUAUGACUGAGGACAUGCAUGAAGAACGUCUACGUGCUGUUGAAGCCUUUGGUGAUUCAUUUGACUUUUCUGCUCAGUUGGAGAGAGAUAUUUUAUCAUCAGAUAUGUCAGCAUUUAAAGCGGCAAAUCCCAAUGCUGUUUUUGAAGAUUUUAUUCGGUGGCAUUCCCCUGGAGAUUGGGUCAACAAUGAAAGUGAAGAAAAUGGUGCAUCUGGAGUUCUUACAAUGGAGAGUUCACAGGAUAAUUGGCCUCCUCGAGGACGACUUUCACAGCGAAUGUCUGAGCAUGGGAAUUUGUGGCGAAAAAUUUGGAAUGAUGCCCCUGCUUUGCCAGCUUCUGAGCAGAAGCCACUCUUGGAUCCAAAUCGGGAAGGAGAAAAGAUCCUUCAUUACCUUGAAACUUUGCAACCACAUCAGCUGCUUGAACAGAUGGUUUGCACUGCCUUCAGAGCAUCAGCUGACGCACUAAAUCAGACUAAUUUUGGAGCCUUGAAGCAGAUGACAAUGAAAAUAGAGCAACUCUACGUUACUAUGGCAUCUGUGCUGAAGCCUUUGCAAUUGAAUAAUUUAUCUGGCGACAGUGAGAAUAUCAAAGACAUUAGACGGCUUUGUGUUGUCUUCGAGCACAUCGAGAAGCUGUUAACUCUAGCAGCUUCUCUCCAUCGAAAGUUCUUGCAAGCACCACGCCUUGCUGAAGCAAUCUUUAAUGACUACUACAGCUUUUACCUUCCAAAAAUGGGAAUGAGCUCAAAGGAAGUUGAUGUUCAAACAGAUUUUGAAGCGAAGCUUCCAGUGAGGAAUCAUGAGAGAGAGGUUAUAUCGAAUAUGUUCACACUGCCCACUGCUAAUCAAUCGUGGAGAAAAGUUUUGAGCAUGGGUAAUCUUCUAAACGGCCAUGAACCGGUACUCAGGGAAAUUAUAUUUUCUAUGAAUGAUCACGCAAAUAACAGUCAUUAUGCAGCCAAAACUCCUGGACUUCGUCAACAAGAAAUAGAAACAUAUAGAAUGUAUAUAUGUGGAACCUCAAAUGAUCUUCGAGUCGCUCUUUCUGUUACCUCAUGUGAUUGAUUAAUCUCUCCAACUUUUUCGUUAAUUCUUACCUGUAUAAAUGUGAUUUCAUUCCGGUAAUAUUUUAGAAAAUUUUAAUUGUGUA